CGUAGUCCGUCUGGAGGUCCCUUAAGACUUUCCCGUUGGGAUGCUCCGGAUACCUCUUCUCGUCCUCCGGGUUCUCGUACAUCAGAAAGUUACUGUCAGAGAAUGGACACUUGGGACACCGACUCAACUGAGGUUAUUCGAGCAGGUUUAUCACCGACACGUCUCUGCUCGAGGAUGCGGACUCGUCUGAAGGAACUGGACCUCGGUCUGCCUCUUCAUGUCAAGAAAGAACCCCGCCUCCGAGCAUGGAGCUGCACCCCUACCCUCCUUCGCAUAGUUGUAUUCCCCUACCUGGACCUUAACCCUCCCUUCCCCUCCUACGCAGCCCCACCAUGGUCACUGGACGGUUUCUUUUAUCCGCCGCAUCUGUCUAGUCCCCACCCACGAAUGCAUGCUCAUGGAAAGAAAGGGAAGAAGCGAAAGAACGUUGCUAACUAAAGGGAGGUGGAGU